AUGAAAGCAUGUUUAAAAAAAUAUAGUGAUGAAGACCACACGCAGUAUGAUUGUUUUACCUGCUUCAUCCUAUCACAUGGAGCAAAAGGUGAAGUAUAUGGAAGCGACAGUAUACCUGUGGGGAUUAUUGAGUUGGUAGAACUCUUUAAUACAGACAAAUGCCCGUCUCUUCAAGAUAAGCCGAAGUUAUUUUUCAUCCAAGCAUGUCAAAACAAAAAUGAUCAGAAAGAUUGUUCUUUUGAUGCUGUGAAUGACUGCAUAUAUUAUGGAAAUCCUGUGGUAAAAGCAGAUGUUUCUAUCUUCAUGUCUACCAUUCCUGGUUAUUUUUCAUUUCGAUGUCCAGAGGAAGGAUGCAGAUUUAUCAAACACAUUACUAAUGAAUUUGAAACUUAUGCAAAGGAAAAAAAUACAUGA